AUGGCUUCUGAACUCCUGAAAUGCUUACAGGAGGAAGUGACCUGCCCCAUCUGCCUGGACAUCCUGACACAGCCCCUGAGCCUAGACUGUGGCCACAGCUUCUGCCAGGCCUGCAUCACUGCAAAGACCAAGGAGUCCACGACAAACCAAGGAGGGGAGAGCAGAUGCCCUGUGUGCCGAAUCAGGUACUGUACUGGGGAGCUGCGGCCUAACUGGCAUGUGGCCAACAUAGUGGAGAGGCUCAGAGAGGUCAAGGUGAGCCCCGAGGAGGGGCAGAAGAUAAAUCUCUGUGAGCGCCAUGAAGAGAAACUCCUGCUUUUCUGUAAGACGGAUGGGAAGAUCAUUUGCUGGCUUUGCGAACGGUCUCAGGAGCACCGCGGUCACCACACGGUCCUCAUGGAGGAGAUUGCCCAGGACUACCAGAAGAAGCUCCAGGAAACUCUAUGGAAGCUGAGGGAAGACCAGCAGGAAGCUAGGAUGUUGGAAGCUGGUAUCGGAGAAGAGAGAACUUCCUGGAAGAAACAAAUUCAAACUGAGAGACAAAGUAUCCAGGCACAGUUUAAAAAACUGAAGGACAUCCUGGAGUAUGAGGAGCUGAGGGAGCUGCAGAAUUUGGAAAACGAGGAGAAAGCUGUUCUAGGCAGGCUGGCUGAAGCUGAGGGUGAACUGGCCCAGCACAGCCAGCUGUUGACCGACCUCAUCUCGGAUCUGGAACAUCGGCUGCAGGGGUCAACGAUGGACAUGCUGCAGGAUGUGAAUCACCUCAUGGAAAGGAGCAGGGUCUUGAGUCUGAGGAAACCAAAAACUUUUCUCAAGGGACAAAGGAACACAUUCCGAGCUCUUGAUCUGCAAGAGAUAAUACAAGCCUUUAAAAAAGCUCACGUGAUUCCACACUGACCCCAAAAUACGACGUAUUUUGGCAUUUCUACGGGACGAAGACCAGUGAGAUAUAUGUGCUGGUGGAAAUCAAAUAAUGCAUGUAACAGCGAUUAUGGUGUCCCGGGCUCCCUGGUUAUCAGUUCGGGGAAACAUUACUGGGGGUUUGAUUUUGGGGGGUAUAUGAUAGAACAUGCCCAGAAUCCAAUAUGAAAUUUCAUGUUAGACAUACUUAAAAUUACCAACAUGUUUACUCUGGGUAUCAACCUAAUAUGGCUAUUGCGUUAAAGGGUUAAAGGGUUGAAUAUAAUGCUUUUGAGGAGUCCUCCUUCUCUGACCCCUUCAUCUUAAUCCUGGCCUUGCCUGUUCCUCCCC